GCCGUUCACGUCUGGACAUCCUGCGAGACGCUAACCUAAGAUGGCAAUAGACAUGUACAUUUGAUAGGGCGGUCCAUUCGAUAAGGGAGACAGCCACUUCCGGUUUAGCGUAACGCGCGAUAAUGAGCGAGUGAAAAGAGCGAAGGAGGGAGAGAAAGAGAGCGAGCGAGAGAGCGAGAAAAAGAGAGAGCGUGAAAGAGUGUAUGUGAGAGAGAGAGAGAAAGAGAGAGAAAGAGAGAGGAAGAGAAAGCGAAGGUCGCGAUGAACGGAUAGGUGCAACAUCAUCAAUCGCGCAUCAUCCGAGCAGGAGGAAAGGGUGCGUGUGCGAUACUAUCCUUUUUUCGACACGCGUAAUCGUCGAGACAGCGCGGAUCGAGAGUGGCGAACUACUAGUCGUGCUGUGACGGAAGUUGGGCGCUCUCUCUCGACGGCAUGUCGCCGUGACGAAUCGCAACGGCAGAUAAAGGUGGGAGCGAAAGAAUCAGCAUCUUAUCCUAAAGGGCAGCAGGAGAAGGAAACAUGGGGAAGGGAGACAAGAGAGGCAUCGCGCAGCGCAGUGAUGGUGCCAGCACCAACCUUGUGGGCAAAUUCACGCAGAGCGUCCGAAGGAUCGUCCAGGACGUGAAGGACGAAGGAACUUCAAGUGGACAGACGAAGGAGGAGGUGAUCGAGACGAACGAGAGGCUGAGAGUCGUAAGGAUACGGCUGGACGGUAGCUACGAGACCGCCAAGAGGGCCCUCGUCGAGCUGAUGUGCAAGUACACCGACAGCAAACAAGUACGCAACGUAUUCCAACGUUACAACCUCCUCAAAGUUAUGAUCAAGGACGUAAUUAAGUUGGAGACGCAAUACUGGACGCUUGUGGACAUACCGCGGCAAGAGAAGCAGGAGACCGUACCGGCCUUCGUGCUGCGUGCCUGCUCCAUCAUGGAGAAGACCCACAAGAGCGGCGAGGGUGUGAAGACGUCGGCGCGCCUCGCCGAGGAAGCCGAGACCAAGCGGGAGCGCAUCGAGAGACUCGAGAAUAUGAUCACGGCACAGAUCGAAGCGGAGAACACACAGAUGACCAACGAUCUGUACAGGUUGUUGAAGAAAUACACGGGUCUCAGGAACCUCAUCAGGGAUUUGAAGGAGGAGUACAACAGCUCGAAGGUGUACCCGAUGUUUCCACGUUACACGAUAUUGAAGGACAUGAUAAAGGACAUAAUGCACAACCCGGAUUACAUGGAGGUCUGUCACGAGGUGGACCAAGCAUAGCGGCCCGACCCCCUCCACCGUUCGCCACGUAUGACCUUGUAAAUUCCUCAAGGUCUCCGCGUGGUCGUCGGUGAAGGGGGUGAUCCAGAGAAAAUCGUGCAGCUUCGACUCAUUUCACGCUGGACGGCGAUCGGCCUUCCCGUUGCGGUUCCUUUGCGCCUUCGUUCUCGCCCUGAACCUCUGUUUUUCCCUGCGAACAGCUCCCGGAGCGACGACGCCGUUCGCCGUUUAGCCGGCCGCCGUCGCCUUUUAGUUCGCGUUUCUCAGCGAUCGUGGAGCGACGAGUCGACGCGACUCCUCGCAGUCUCCUCCCCGCGAAAUUGUACAUAUAAUUUCCCGCAGGUAAGUCAGGCGCGCUCGCAGUGUCAGACGUCGCGUUUCCGCGUGAAGUUUCACCGCGAGAUCGGCGGACAGCGAAUAGCAGCAGCGGUUGCAAUUCGCGCGGCAACGCUUGCCGAUCGAUCAUCGCGAACGAAUCACGCUGCUUCUUUGGCCGCGGAAGAUCGAGGGAGAGAGAGAGAGAGAGAGGGAAAGAGCUUCGCGAUUCGAAGAGCGGAGCCGGAGGAAAAGAGAGAUUUUAUUUUAUUUCGCGGCGGGGGGAGCACGGUAAGUUCGACGCUGAUAACUUUAAUGUAAUUUCUAAUUGAAUCCGAGACAAUUUUGAUAUUGGAAAUUAAAACGGUCAGGCGAACCGUGAAGAUUUUCAUUAAGGGAGUUCACGCUUCCCCGAGAAUCCGCAGCGACGAAGUAGCCGGCGAGGAUCCCGGAUUCCGCUGUCCGUGUGUAUCCAGCAGCGUCGGUGUUAUUAAAUCCAAUAUUUUCCGGACUUCCAUUCGUCGUUUUGCGGCGGUUGCGGAGAUUCGAGUCCUUCUGGCGCACGCGAGAAUCAGGGAAUCCCGGCGGCGGCGGCGGCAGCCCGAGAGUUUCUGCUUCUGAUUUCGCGUCAACACACACAGGAAGGUGUGCACAGGAGCUAGCCGUGUUUAUUAUCACACAGCGAGUGUCGCGCGUACAUGGUAUACCAUUAUCGAUCGCUUCAAGACAAUUCGCCCGCUAGACCCAACGGGUGUCGGGUAAGUAAUGCGAAAUAGUUCGCAAGCGCGAGUUUGUACAUAUGUGUAACUCGUAUGCGUGAAAUUAGCGUGAUAUCGUGAGCGAGUGAGUGAACGAUUGAGGUCCGUGUUAUUAGUUGUUACUUGAAACUUGCCUUAAGUGAGAUACUCACCCUCGAAUUCAAUCAUUAGACGAGAGUUUCAUCGCAAUUACAGGUGUAAUGUCAGAUGUGUCAUAUACAGAGUGAAAAAUUCGGUGUUAAAUUUCACACAUGAUCCAAACGGCUCACUUGAAUUUU